AUGAGAAUGGGCCAGUAUCCAGUUGAUGGGUCCCCAUCUCGCUUUUAUGGUUAUCAGACGCAAAGCAUGCCUGGUUCCCGAACUACCACUCCGGUUCCCGCCACAUCCUCCAUGGUACCUCCUCCGACUUCCGAAAACGAAUCUCCUAUUACCAACCACCCCUUCGCAAUGGCAAUGUCGAGGAGGCUGUUAACCCCAAGGUCCCCAAGACCAUCAAGCUUGAGUCGUGGAACAACAAGGCCCAUGGAAGGCCAACAGCUCCCAAGCAUGCCAUCCCAUAUUCAAAGAACCCCAACGCCGUCUCACAACACCUCACCACUCAGUGGUCCACCGACUUUCUCAGGUCCUCGCCCCUUUGCUGGCUCGAUUCACGGACAGGGAGCUUCUCUACCUCCCCCGCCUUCGCAGCCGAAUACUGGGAUGGUUCCUCCGUUAUCACAGCCGCUUCUGGGUCAAAGACUUCCCCCGCCUGUAACAGCAGGGCCGCUACAAUCUGGUCCUCUUACUCGGGAGCCCACGGUAAGACCUGUCUCUCACCCAUCCUUCCCCAGUCCUCCAACCACGACUACUGGACCCGUAUCAGGCGGGUUGACCGCCGCUUAUCUGCUUCAGGACCGAAGCAGGCUUGCAGUCGAUGGACGGCAACAUAUGAUUACCAUCACACCAUCUGUUGGUGAAGAAAUCUUGGUCCCAGUAGAUAUCCACCAGGGCUCGAGACAGGCGGAUGCGAAGCGACAGCGAAACGCGGGAGCGUCGGCGCGGUUUAGGCAGCGGAAGAGGGAGAUUGAGCGAAACAGGGAGAGGGACUUACAGAGACUGGAAGUUGAGAGCCGAGAGUGGAACAAGAAGAUGCAGGAUUUGACUACUGAGCGCGACUACUUCCGCAGCGAAGCAGAACGUCUGAGGAAGAUUGUGGCUGGCAUCCCUGAAUUCAGCAAGCUGGCAGACCCAGCGCAACCGACUCCUGUAUCAUCACCCCCGAGCGUACCCUCGUUCUCGGUCGAGAACAGCCCCCGUACGGGUCCGCUACCCCCACCGCAGCCGCAAUCUCAACCUUCGCAGUCACACCAGCUUUCAAACCCUUAUACCCAUUCACGCACCCGGUCGCAUCCCGACAACACCCAUUCGUCUCCAUACGACGAGUCCUUGACACUCGAGAGGCCUAGAAGGCGGAGGAGGACCGACACUGAGCCGUCGCCCACUACUGGAGCUUACCCACAUAACACGGGCGCUCCCAUGGCCAUGCCCCAAUCAGCCUUCGGAAUGGCUCACUCACCUCAUCUUCCUCCUCCAAGAUUACCCCCUCUUCGGGGACUUGAUCAGCCUCAAUCGACCACAACCCCACCUCCGGCGUCCAACGGACCGCAUUCCGUCCCCUUGACUUCGCAGAGUCCAUCAGGCAGUGGCUAUCAGCCUUAUCCUCCUACUCCCGCUCCUAGGCCAGAGAUAGGGUGGGCUAUCAACCAAAGAGGCCCCCUCGAAGGUGCUCAUAGACAUCCGAUGCAAGGGUCUCAUGGUCAUCCUGAGAGUCUACGAAGGCCAGUUGAGCAAUGGAGGCAUGAGACGCAUUCCAACCGACCUGCCGCUUAA